AUGAAACUGAAUGGAACGGCCAAUGGUACCAACGACAUGCCGCCGAUACCGAGCAACAUUGGCCAGUCCCAGUCGGCCAGUUCAUCGCCGACUCGGCCGACUAUGCCUGCUAAUCAUCCGCUGAAGUGGGUUUUUAAAAUUUUUUUGAAGUUUCAAACUAAAAUUUUAUUAUCAAAAAUUAAGAGCUCAAAAAAUGGUACUAGUGGUACUACUAGAACUAUUGAAAAUUUUGAAUUCGGCGGCCAAAAAACAUUUUCAAAAAAAAUAUUUCUAGAACCAACCACAAGGUAAAUUAGUAUCAUCUUUAAAAAAAGGUUACUUGUAGUACCAUUAGCCCUAUUGAAAAUCAUUUAUUGUAAAACACUGUAUUUCAGCCUUCGAAAUCACACAUUACGAUCAUCGCUUCGGAAGCGGGACGGCCGUCAAAAGUCGCCCGGUCGAAAAACCGUCAGCUUUUGCUCCCAAAACCAAGACAAAAAGGUUUCAAAUGGUAUGUUUGGUACAGAUUUUCAUUUUUUUUUCUUUUGUAACAAAUAGUGAAUCUUUCAGUCUACUAUGACUUUGUUUUGGCAUGUAAAACAAGUUUUUACUAUCCAUAAUAUUAUUUUUUUAAAAACCGUGGAUAAUCGACUUAGAACUAUACUUUGUUCGGACGUUUUCUAAUUCGAAUACUAAUUUGGUUACUCGUUUUUUCGAUCUCAUUGGAACGUUUUAGCAUUAAUUUCGGUUUGUGGAAGUAAUUUUCCACUUAAAAAUUCAAAAAAGUAGCUUUAACUUAUCAUAAAGAAUAAAAAAAUUUACUGCGCAGCUUAUGAAAAGCCAGAAAACUGGCUGAAAAAUUGAAAAAAUGAAACUAAAAACUAAAAUAUUGCCAUAAAAUUGUAAAAUAUAGCCUAAAACUUUAACCAAAAAAUAACAAAUUUAGUCCAUAAAACAUCAAUCAAAGCCCGUAAGCACCUAGUCUAAUCCUCGAACACCUUUCCGGUCCAAAAGCACAGUUCAAACCCUUCCCCACACCUAUAUUAUGCAUGUUGUUGUACAUAUCACUUCCGUUAAUGCAUUACUCUUUUGAUGGAACUGACACCGAAAAAGCUAAUGAAUUCGCGAAAAAUACUGACGUAAAGUCCCGACUGCAUUAGCAUAUUAUACUCGGGUUUUAUGGAUUUAUGAACUUGAAGAGAAAAGAAUAUUAUGUCGGUAUCUAUAUCGAGAUGUUUUGAAUAGUUGUCGGAUAAAAGUACGUGUUUUAUGAAUUUUAAAUUGUGCUACAGAGUUUGGCGAAGUUGUUUCGUGACCAGAAAGAACAGUUUCAACAAUUUAUGAAUGAAAUUUCUAAGUCUGAGAUCAUCUUUAUAUUACACUGGUAUGCCUAGUUAGUGUGGGUAAUUUCAAUACCUAAAACAAGUUGAAAAGGAUCUAAAUAGUCUUUAAAACGUUGAGAAACCUCUGUAGAUUCUGAUCAAGGCUAUAAGAUGUAAAUCCACACCUUCAUUCUUUGUUUGUGCCUAAAAUUUGUAAAACCACAAAAAUAGCUUACCGGACCAGAUAAAAUGAAGUUUCUUAAAGAUAAUAAGUUCAAACUGUAUCUAAAACAUCAAAAAAUAGCUGUAGAACAUUCACAUGGAUCUUUUAAACAUAAAAAACCUAAAAAGGACACGCAAUGUUAACCAUGAACAUAAUAUCUUACUUUCAAACCAAUCAUGGAUAACAUAAUUUUACGAAACACUAUACAUAACCUCAUAAAACAUAUAAUAACCUUUAUUUCAGUAGCCGACUGUCUUCAAAUAAUGCAACAAGGCACGGAGAUGGUAAAGCUAAGGACGAACGUACGACAAUUCUGUCGUAUAUUCACGUUGGACGCGGACUUAUCCCAUAUACGAUGGACACCGACAAACAAAAAACCUCACAAAGCGCGAAUACCGGUUGAUUCAAUCAAAGAAGUGCGAACUGGUCGAAAUACCGAGCUAUUGCGGGCUACAGAGAACAGCAACUCCGAUUUACAGGUUGGUUUUACCACAAUAUUAUGAACCAUACCUAAAUAUACGCCUAGAUCUUUCAAAAAUUUAAAAAUUGAUCAAAUCGCUAAAAAACAUUGUCAUAUAAACUUCUUGACCUCUGUAAUCCGAGAAACUUCAGAAAACUUUGACAGAAAUCAGAAACUUUCAUUUUUACGAAAUGUCAAGAGAGUAUUGGAAAUCAUAUCGAAGUGUCACAAAUUUAUCGGAAAACAAAAAUUUGUUGAAAAAUGAAUUUUAGUUUGAUAAUAAUGACCUUUUUCAGGAUGAAUGUGCAUUCUCAAUCAUCUAUGGACCUCAAUACGAAUGUUUGGAUUUAAUAGCACUUAGUCCGGACGAUGCGAACAUCUGGGUGACUGGUUUAAUGGCGCUAACAACUUCACAGAAGCGUAAGAAUUACCUUAUUUGAGUGUUUUGAGUUUCAGGAAGAUGUAUGGAGCGAAAAUAUUGUUGUAGAAAGUUUUUUGAGUUUAUUUUUGAGAUUUUAAAAGCAAAACGCGUUUGUUUGCAGUUAUUUCUAGCUUUGUUGAAUGUAAAACAAAAAGGCAUCUACAACAAUAUUGGUUUUUGGUCAAAACUUCUUCUAAAACGUCAAAUUUCAGAAGAAAACACACCUCAUGUAAACCAGAGUAUGGCUACAAUCCGCGAACGAUGGCUUGGAUCAGUGUUUGACAACUCUGACAGAGAUAAUCGUGGCUACAUUAGUGAGAAGUCGACUGUUAGGCUCAUCUGCGAAAUCAAUCCAAGGUUGUCAUUAGGAAGAGUAAAACAGAAAGUCAAGGUAAUAAAACGAUCUGUGGAGUCUUCUGAAGCGUUUACUUAAGUUUGGGUGGUAUUGAAAAAAAAGUUUUUGCAAUAUGACGAUUUUCGGAAAGAUAUCUAAUAUAGGUAUAGCUAAAAUAUGUUUGUUUGAAUUUUGAUGGUGAAAAUUGGUUUAAAUGAAUGGAAUAUGUUAUGGGAUGGAUAAAACAACAUCUUUUGUAAUUCUUGAAGGUGUUUUUGGAUAUCUUUGAGCUAUAACUUCAAGGUUACGGCGCGUUGAACAUGUUGUACAUCUACUUCUUUGGGUGGGCUUUAAGUUUUUUCAAUUUUCAUUGUGUUACUAGUUAUGAAAAUAUAUGAAACUGACAGGAUAGUUAACUGAGAUUAUUUUGAAGGUAUUGAAAUUUAUUUUGACUCGGUCUUGCCUUAUUUUAGGUUUGGAAAAUGAGCUUGAAGAAUAUCCUAUUUUUGGCUUUUUUUAGUUUUUCAGGAAAAUGGCUUUGAAACCGUCUAAGAAGCGUAUAAAUUUAAUGUUUUUUGUUACUUAAUUUUCUCGCAUUCAGGAGUCAUCAGCUAUAGCAUCAGCGGAAAAUGACAGUUCGUCUCGAGGACAUAUUAACAAGGAGCAGUUCAUCGAGAUCUACAAAGAUAUAAGUACACGACCUGAAAUCUAUUUUUUAAUGGUGCGAUAUGCUAACAAAGAUUACCUCAGUUGCGACGAUUUACAGGUGUUUUUGGAGACUGAACAAGGGGUAGGUUGAAAGAAAGUUCUUGCCAUUUUGUGAUUUGUAAAGAAAGUUCUUGCACAUUUUUUAUCUUGUAAAGAAAGUUUUUGCCAUUUUGUGUUUUGUAAAAGAAGUUCUUGCCAUUCCAGAUGAUAUUCAUCGACCGAAAGUUUUGCGAGAACCUGAUCCAACUUCACGAGCCGUCUCCAGAAGCUCGUGAAAAGCAGUGCAUGACCGUAGACGGCUUUACCUGUUAUCUACUAUCUCGAGCUGGCUUAGUCUUUGAUCCACAGCAUUUUCAAGUUUGUCACGAUAUGUCGCGGCCGUUUAAUGAGUACUAUAUUGCGGCUUCGUAUAAUACCUACUUGGUCGAGGAUCAGACUCAAGGACCGUGCUCGGUUGAUGGCUACAUUACUGCGUUGAAGCGGAAUUGUCGUUUUGUUGAAAGUAGGUGUUUACGGACGCAAAAAAGGUGUAUUUUUGACUGAUUUUUAAGUUUUGGCACAUUUGGUACACUUUUGAAAAAAUGGUACUAGUGGUACGAUUGAAAGUACCAUUGGUACCAGUUUAUAAAAAUGAUCAGUUUUUGGUUUGAAUGUUCAAGAAUAACAGUUUUCCACAUUUUAGUACAUUUGGUACACUUUUUGAAAAACGGUACUAUUGGUACUACUUUAGAAAAAUUAUUUUAUCGACUUUAAAUGCUAUAAAAUAAGAAAUUUUAUGUUUUGACACUUUAGAAAAUAUUUUUGCGAAGUGGUACUAUUGCUACUACUGGUAAUAGGAAUGUUAAAAUCGGUACCGAUGGUACUAGAAACGUUACUGCAGAUACCACUGGUACUAAAGUUGCAAUUUCGCUUUUUCAGUGAACCUCUGGGACCCCAUAGACCCUUCGGAAUCUCAAGAACCUAUGGUAUGUCGAACCCCAACCAUGCCAUCUCACAUAACCGCUGCCGCCGUACUCGAAACAGUACGAAAACUGGCGUUCGAAAAGACGAAAUACCCAUUGUUUCUACGACUAGAUGUGCAUUUAAGCGACGAUAUGCAAAUUAAACUAGUGGAGAGUUUGAAGACAAUAUUGGGCGACUACUUGUACCAGCCAAAGUUUGAUAAAACUGAUUGGACUGAUCCAACCAAUGUACCUACUCCUGCUCAUUUCUUGAAUAAGGCAAGGGUUUGAGAAAAAAUUUGUGUUUUAGGUUACAAAAUAGUCAGAAGUUGAGAUUUUAGAUAACGAAAUAGCCAAAAAUUGAACUUUUAGGUAACAAAACGACCCAAAACUAAUAUUUUAAGUAAUAAAUUCCAAAAAUUUUAGAUAAUUUUGAUAUCAAAUGGCUACAAAAGCAAAUCCGGCGAACUACCGCCAAUCGAAGGCACAGUAGAAGACGAGGAAGACCAUUUUGUGGAAUCGACGGCUACUCUACAACGUCAACGAUUAACAAUUCAACUACUCGAACUGAUACCACCAUUCGGACAACUAAAAUACAUUCAGGAUACUGUAACUUAUUCGGAUUUGGGGAAUUGUAAGUUAGUGGAAGGGAAGGGCAAGAACUUUCUUUACAAAAGUUAAAAUGGCAAGAACGGCAAGAACUUUGUUUACAAAAGAAGAAAUGGCAAGAACUUUCUUUACAAAGCAAAAAAUGGCAAGAAAUUUAAAAAGCACAAAAUGGCAAGAACUUUUUAAAUAAUGGAAAAAAUGCAUCUAUCGUAUAACUUGUCACCCGCAGGUCCCAAAGUAUAAAUCAUUUAUGAGUUAUGACAAGAUAGCAACAAAAAAUUUACUGUUGUUGCCUUUUGUUGCUUUGUAAAGAAAUUUUUUGCUAUUUUUUUUCUUUAUGUAACGAAUAAUAUAACUUUAGUGACCUCCCACAAAGAUCUCCUCUCAAUCUGUGAGAGUUCCUGCCUCCGUUUAAUGCAGAACUCAGCCUCUAUGUUCGGCCAAAUCACCCGCAACUUCCUCCUCCGCAUCACCCCCAACAUAACCCGCCUCGACAGUAGCAACAUGAACCCCCAAGAGUUCUGGAACUUUGGCGUCAACCUCUGCGCCCUUAACUACCAAACCCCGGGCCUAAUGAUGGACCUUCAAGAGGGCAAGUUUGCGGCCAACGGCGGCUGCGGCUUCGUCGCCAAACCGCCCAUAAUGCAGGACGAGGUCUUCUCACCGGUCGAUAAAAUGCCAUUCGCUCCACAAGUCCUCCACCUCCGCGUUAUCAGCGGACAACAACUACCACGCCCACGAGGUUCCACCGCCAAGGGCGACUCUACCGACGCCUUUGUUGUGGUAGAGAUCUUUGGCAUUCCGGCUGAUUGCGCAGAGGAAAGGACAAAGACCGUACGAAAUGACAGUUUCAACCCCAACUUUGACGAAAGCUUCCAAUUCGAAGUUUGCAUACCUGAAAUAGCAUUGGUGAGGUUUCUGGUACUGGAUGAUGACUAUAUUGGAGAUGACUUCAUCGGGCAAUACACGAUUCCAUUCGAGUGUUUGCAGAGUGGUAAGUGGGAGAUUUUUAUUGUUGUAGGAAGCUUGGAAAAGAUUUAAAUUGGUUUUUUAUUAUUUAGGUAACAAAUUUGAAAAGUGUGAUUUUAGGUAACAAAUUGAGAAAAAAAUGAAAUUUUAGGUAACAAAUAAUUGAUAAAGUGUAAUUUAGAUAACAAAUUUUUUGAAAAGUUUGAUUUUUUUUUGGGAAGAACUUUGGAAAAAACUGAAAUUUUACGUAACUAAUUUAGAAAAAAUAGGUAACAAAUUUUUAAAAAAAGCGAAUUUAGACAAUAAUUUUUUAAAAACGUAAAAUUUAGGUAACAAUAUCCGAAAAAAGCGAUUUUAGGUAACAAGUUUAAAAUAAAGGUAUUUUAGGUAACAAAUUUUGUAAAAAUGCGAUUUUAGGUAACAAAAGAACUUUUUUUUUAUUUCUUCAAUUUUUCCUCUUGCAGGUUAUCGCCACAUUCCCCUCCUCAACAACGAAGGAGAACCGUUGGAGAACAGCACGUUAUUCGUUCACGUUGCCAUCACAAACCGUCGUGGCGGUGGUAAGCCGAAGAAACGUGGAAUGUCAGUGAAACGAAAGGCACAACGCAUUCAAACCGGCAUGAAGCUUGUCGGAAUCAAGAACGCGGACGAUCUAUUCAAAUCGAUUGCUGAUCCACUGAUCGAAUCGAUCGAAAUGAGGAAUAAAUUGGAGUCAGCGCUGACGGAAUUUCAAGAACAAUGCGGAAUCGGGCCAACCGGCUCGAUGCGACAAGGCCUACGGCUGUUACACGCUAGAAUUGUUGGCGCGGCUUCGGAUUGUGAGUUUGAAUGAGGUUUUUGUUGUUAUAGGGGGGGGGGGAGAAAAGUCUUGUCGUUUUUUAAAGGGAAAAGUUAGGAAAAUUGGCGACAACACUUUUUUUCUUAAUAGCAGGUUAUAAAAAUGGCAAGAACAUUCUUUACAAAACAAAAAAUUGCAAGAACUUUCUUUACAAAGCAAAAGAUGGCAAGAACUUUCUUUACAAAACGUAAAAUGGCAAAAACUUUUUUACAAGGCAUUAAAGUGCACAAACUUUGUUUACAAAACAAAAAAAUUACAAGAACUUUCUUUACAAAAAUAGCAAAAACCAUCUUUCCACCUCUCUUUACGACCUUAUUUCAGCCCCAACCCUACCCCUAAAGAACCACGAGUCUAACAUCCUCUACGUCACUUUAAAUGACAACAACUCUCCAGUAGUCAAAGUAGACGUGGAGCUGCCAGAAGCAAUGCAACGUACCUACAAUUCCCUCGAAUCGCUGUUGGAACGAUGCGAACGUGUUCAAACGGAAAUGGGCGAAAAAGUUCAAAAGUUGAGUGAAGCAACCUUCAAGAUAUCCGACUGUUAUAUGGAGCUAAGCCAACAAUGUGAAGAAGCUGGCCUAAAAGGUCAGAAGGCACAACGAGCUAGUGAGAACUUUGCUUGGAACGUUAGGCUUCUAAAAGCACAGUACACUCUGGCUGUAAAAAUGCAAACGGAAACGGAGAGCAUGAUUCAACAGGUGGGUUACUGUAGUUUUAUGUUGGGUUUGAAAAAAAAAUUUUUUGGGUGCGGUUACUCAAUAUGGUAGUAGGGGUGUUUUGAUUCUUGUACUUGAUUUGAAAUAAAAUUGUUUGUUAAUAAUACUGUUGAUAUUGUAGUAGGUUGUUUACUGUAGAUUGAGGGUUUUUGGGUAGGAAUAGGGGAAGAGGUACGGUUAGAGUAAGGUAGGGUAGAGUAACAUUUGAAUUUCGUUGUUACUGGGAUACGGUAGCUUCUUUCAUUGGGCACUGUAGUUUUGCGUACUAAAGUACUGUAGCUUUUACCCAUAUGGUAUCUUCUCUACUUUACUUAACCUAUCCUACCCACCUCUGCCCUACCCUACACUAUCAUACCCUACCCUAUCUACUCCACGCUAUCAUACUCUAUUAUACCAUACUCUGCCCUGCUAUACCUCAACACGCUCUAUCUUUCUUUACUCCACUUUGCUCUGAUAAAAUAAUGUUUUUUACAGUUAUCAUAGUCUUUUGUUUACUGUAUCAUUAAAAUUCAAAUAUAAAAUUGAAAAAGGAGCUAUUAAAACCCGUAUUUUACACAAUACUCAUUACAGGUAAUUGAAACAGCCAAGAGUUUGGGCGUGUACCGUGCCAAAGACGAAUCUGUAAAUAACAACAACUGA